UUCAAAAUCUGCGAGCCACAAAUUCCGUUCUUUGAGCCACAUUCGAAUUAUAUGUGGCGAUGGAUGCAAAGAUAUGCGAGGUACACAUCAGAGCAUACCUUCUUGCAUGUCGCUGUGGAUUUCGGGCUUCCGAUACUGGUAGAAUAUGCUUUGGGUUUGCGCGAGGUGCAUCCAAUCUCUGGAGGUCCAGCCUUCAAUAUCAGUUCUAAGUAUCGCGAUUAGUAGAGAGCGGAUCGAUGAAGAGGUAGUUCUAUCACUUCUUAACCACAUGCAUCCGGAGACUCGAAUACGAUAUAUCCAAAGGCUCCUACGGAGACAGGAGCGCGAGUAUAAUGUCAUGCCAUUAAUCCUGGCCAAAUAUGGAGAUCAAAUCACAGUAGAAGAAAUGGUUGUCAAGCUAACGCUCUCAAGUGCAACCGGAAUGGAGAUUUUGCCGUUACUGCUAGACCAGAGAAGAGGUCAGAUAGCAAUCACAGAAGACAUGAUGAAAAGGGCGGCAGGAAACGUGGUGCAAGGCACCGAACUCACUGCAUUUCUUUUAAACUACCAAGGAGACCAGAUCAUGAUAACCGAAGGUAUAAUACUUGUCGCGAUGUGUAAUGAACGACAAGGUGAGAGCAUUAUUCAGCUAUUGUGUCAGCAUCAAAGUGGCAAAAUCACCGUCACAACAAACAUAUUGGAGGCUGCGUCAAUGAAGGAGAAAGGCAUAAAGUUCCUUGAACUAUUGCUCCCCCAUCGAGGUGGCCAACCCGCUGUCACCAUCACAACGUAUAUGCUACAUGGCGGAGCGCUAAAUCAUGAUCGAGCUAGAGAAACCAUCUCCUUUAUCUUCCAGAAACUAGGAAACUCGAUUGAUUUCUUAGAUGACACGAUGAUAAAUGCGAUAAAAUACUUUACUCAUUGUCAGGGGUUCGUUGAAUAUUUUAUUCACGAGGGAGGAUCUCAUAUCUUAAUUACGGAUGAGAUAAUGGAGGCAGUGCUAGAUGCCGAAAGUCCUGGAUACGAGCAUCGGAUUGCGUGCAUAGAUGUCUUUUUUAAACAUGGACAGAAGCUAAGAUUCACUGGAAAAGCAAUGGCUACUAUUCGUGAGUUUAGGGACAAUCAAAUUAAUGAGCAAACAACGCAAAUUCUCGAACGAUCAAGAGACCAUCUCGAAUAAACCGGCGAAUUGGAAACGCUAUUGCCAGAGGUGUGAUAGCAUAGUUAUGUUCUUUGCCUCUUACCUAUGCAUAAUCACGACUACAACACGCAAUAUCAUCGGCAAAGGAAUAAGAAUAGAGUUCGAUGAAUGACAUAGCAUCUCUUCCAAAAGCUAAUCCGAGGAAAUUGCAUCGCGAGAGACCAGCGGU